AUGGCAGAUAACCAAGAUAACCAGAAUAAAAGGUUGUUGAGUGACUAUGCAGUGCCGAAUGUCAAUGGUGCUCAACCCAGUAUUGUGAGACCUACAGUAAAUGCUAAUAAUUUUGAGAUUAAGCCUGGUCUCAUCCAGAUGGUGCAGCAGGAGCAGUUUGGUGGAGGACAUGCUGAGGAUCCACAUGCACACCUUGCCAAUUUCUUGGAGAUUUGUGAUACAAUCAAGAUGAAUGGAGUUAGUAAGACUGCCAAACUUAGAAAUGAUAUUACCAGUUUUGCUCAGUUUGAUGGUGAAUCUUUGUAUGAAGCCUGGGAGAGGUUUAAGGAUUUGCAGAGAAAGUGUCCACAUCAUGGUCUUCCUGACUGGCUGAUUAUACAGACUUUCUAUAAUGGAUUAAUACAUUCAGUUAGAAUUACCAUAGAUGCAGCUGCAGGAGGUACUUUAAUGAGUAAGUCAACAGAAGAGGCAUAUGAGUUGUUAGAAGAAAUGGCCUCUAACAAUUAUCAGUGGUCUAAUGAAAGAGGUAUGCCUAAGAAAGUUCCAGGUAUGUAUGACGUAGAUGGCAUAAACAUGUUGAAUGCCAAGGUUGAUUCUCUAGUAAAAAUGUUCGGCAGUAGCAGCAGAACAACCCUUAUUCCAACACAUACAACCCAGGCUGCAGGAAUCAUCCCAACUUUUCAUGGAAAGAUCAAGGGUAAUUUGCCUAGUAAGACAGAGGUCAAUCCGAAGGAGCAUUGCAAGGCAGUCACCUUAAUAAGUGGUAAACAACUUGGUCAGGUAAGUGGUGAGACUAUAGUUGGUGAUGAAGUAGACUAUGAAGAGGUGAGCAAGAAGGUCAGUGAAGAAGUUGAGGACCUAGCCAAGACAACAUCCCCACUACCACCAGUCGAACCUUAUGUUCCUCCCAUUCCUUUUCCUCAAAGGCUUAAGAAGAAUAAAAUUGAUCAACAGUUUGAGAAAUUUUUGAAAGUGUCUAGGCAGCUUCACAUUAAUAUUCCUUUUGCAGACGCCUUUGCACAAAUUCCUACAUAUACAAAAUUUUUAAAGGAGAUCAUAUCUAAGAAGAGAAAAUUGGAAGAUUUCGAGACCAUUGCCUUAACGGAGGAAUGCAGUGCCAUUAUCCAGAAUAAGCUUCCACCAAAGCUAAGAGAUCCAGGGAGUUUUUCUAUUCCUUGUACUAUAGGUGAUGUUGAUUUUUCUAGAGCUUUAUGUGAUUUAGGUGCUAGUGUUUCACUAAUGCCUUUAUCUGUGUCUAGGAAGCUUGGAUUGAAGGAGUUGAAGCCUACUACCAUCUCUUUGCAGCUAGCUAAUCGAUCGGUCAAAUAUCUUUUGGGUGUUCUUGAGAAUGUGCUGAUCAAGGUAAAGAAGUUUAUCAUUCCAGUUGAUUUUAUUGUUUUGGAGAUGGAAGAAGACACCGAGAUCCCUAUCAUUUUAGGCUGGCCCUUUCUAGCCACAGCUGGAGCUAUCAUAGAUGUUAAGAAUGGUAGGUUGACUUUGAAGGUUGGUGAAGAAGAGGUAGAGUUUAAUUUAUUUGAAGCUACUAAAUAUCCUUCUUUUACUGAUCAUGUUUUUCGAGUUGAUGUUGUAGAUGAGUCGACCAGAGAGGUUUUUAGGGCUGAAAAUACUAAAGAACCUCUUGAGACUUGUUUAGUGAGUGCAGGGACAAGUAAAGAUGAUAAUCUAGAGGUUGUUAAAGUAGCGUGUGCAUUAGAGGCUACAUGUCCUAAGAAAAAAAGAGAGGUAUUUAUUUUGAGGAUAUCGGCAAAGAGACGGUUAAAUCCUAACAUGAAAGAAGUAGUUAGGGCUGAAGUUCUUAAAUGGUUAGAUGCAGGGAUUAUUUAUCCUAUAUCUGAUAGUUCAUGGAUUAGUCCAGUGCAGGUGCUUGAGAGACUUGCUGGGUAUGCGUAUUACUGUUUUUUAGAUGGUUAUUCAGGGUAUAACCAGAUUUCUAUAUCCCCCAAAGAUCAAGAAAAGACCACCUUUACUUGUCCUUAUGGUACUUUUGCAUUUCGUAGGAUGCCUUUUGGUUUGUGUAAUGCACCUGCUACAUUUCAACGUUGCAUGAUGGCUAUUUUCUCUGAUUUUGUUGAAAAGAUCAUGGAGGUUUUCAUGGAUGAUUUUUCUGUUUUUGGAUCUUCUUUUGAUAGUUGUUUAGAUAACUUGUCUCGAGUUUUGCAGCGCUCAAGAGGCCUUGAAGUGGACCGAGCAAAAAUAGAAAUUAUUGAAAAAUUGCCACCACCUGCAAAUGUUAAGGGAGUUAGAAGUUUUCUUGGUCACACAGGAUUUUACCGGCGUUUUAUUAAGGAUUUCUCUAAAAUUUCUAAACCUCUUUGUAAUCUGUUGAAUAAGGAUGUUGUGUUUGAUUUUGAUAAGGACUGUUUGAAUGCUUUUAACAGGUUAAAGCAAGAGUUGGUGUCAGCACCAAUUAUGGCAGCCCCAGAUUGGAGUUUGCCUUUUGAGCUAAUGUGUGAUGCUAGUGAUUUCGCUUUGGGUGCUGUUCUCGGCCAGAGAAAAAACAGGAAGUUGCAUGUUAUAUAUUAUGCUAGUAGAGUUUUAAAUAAUGCACAGUUGAAUUAUGCAACUACUGAAAAAGAAUUGCUUGCUGUUGUGUUUGCUUUUGAUAAGUUUCGAUCUUAUCUUGUAGGUUCCAAGGUGAUCGUAUAUACGGACCAUUCAGCAAUCAAGUACUUGCUGAAAAAGAAAGAUGCCAAACCGCGCUUGAUUCGGUGGGUGCUGUUGCUUCAAGAAUUUGAUCUUGAGAUUCGAGACAAGAGAGGCAUGGAGAAUGUGGUGGCAGAUCACUUGUCUAGAUUAGAGGGGCAGUCAAGAGCAGAUGAGGUGCCCAUUAAUGAAAGCUUUUCAGAUGAGCAGUUGUUGGCAGUUUCAGUCAUCCCCUGGUAUGCUAAUUUCGUGAACUAUUUGGUGAGUGGCAUUGUUCCACCUGAUUUGAGCUAUCAUCAGAAGAAAAAGUUUUUGUGGGAUGUGAAGCAUUAUUUUUGGGGAGAACCGCUACUCUAUAAACACUGUGCAGAUGGGAUGAUUAGAAGAUGUGUGCCCCAAGAUGAGAUGCAGGAUAUACUUGACCAUUGCCAUUCCUUGGAGUGUGGUGGACAUUUCAGUACCUCUAAGACAGUUGCAAAGGUAUGGCAGUCUGGUUUUUGCUGGCCGACCAUGUAUCAAGAUACUAGACAAUAUGUGAGCAUGUGUGAUAGAUGUCAGAGGGUUGGCAACAUUUCAAAAAAGAAUGAGAUGCCCUUGACCAAUAUCCUGGAGGUUGAACUGUUUGAUUUAUGGGGAAUUGAUUUCAUGGGCCCAUUUCCUUCUUCCUUCAAUAAUCAGUACAUUCUGGUAGCAGUGGAUUAUGUGUCCAAAUGGGUUGAAGCUACUGCAACUCAGACUAAUGACUCUCGGGUGGUGAUGACAUUUGUGAAGAAAAAUAUUUUUUCAAGAUUUGGUGUGCCGAGAGCUAUUAUUAGUGAUGAAGACUCUCAUUUUUGUAAUCGGUCAUUUGAGGCUUUGUUGAAGAAAUAUGGGGUUACUCAUAGGGUGGCACUUGCCUAUCAUCCCCAAACAAAUGGGCAAGUGGAACUUGCAAAUAAGAAAUUGAAGCAAAUUUUGGAGAAAACUGUGAGCAAUUCAAGAAAGGAUUGGGCAAAUAAGUUAGAUGAUGCACUUUGGGCCUAUAGGACAGCUUUCAAGACACCUUUGGAUAUGUCUCCUUACAGACUUGUCUUUGGAAAGUCUUGUCACUUACCAGUGGAAUUAGAACACAGGGUCUAUUGGGCAAUCAAGGAGUUGAACAUGGAUUUGAAAGCUGCGGGAGAAAAAAGAUUGUUACAGUUGAGUGAGUUGGAGGAGUUUAGGUUGGAUGCUUAUGACAAUACUCGGAUUUACAAGGAAAAGACAAAGCAUUGGCAUGACAAACAUCUUCAGAUUAGAAACUUCGAAAUUGGGCAGCAAGUAUUACUCUUCAGCUCAAGACUUAAGUUAUUUCCAGGCAAGCUUCGUUCUAGGUGGUCUGGCCCAUUCACGGUAACGAAAGUGUAUCCAUAUGGUGCUGUUGAGGUGCGUAGUGAGGUCACUGGUGCAUUCAAGGUUAAUGGGCAGCGUUUGAAGCCUUAUCUUGCUAGUAAUGUGGUUCCUAAAGGAGUAAUUUACUCUUUGAAGAAUCCUACCUAUGGUUGAUGGUGUGGAAGUCAAGCUAAUGACUGUAAACAAGCGCUUCUUGGGAGGCAACCCAACCACAAAAAAAAAAAAAAAA